AUGAACUCUCCGAAUCGCCCUUCGACUUCUCUUAAUAUCGACGUCGACUACAGCGGUACUUCUAUACAAACAAACCCUGCGAUAGCAGAUAUUCAAACUUUUCUCUUGGGUGAUUCCAAUACUAUUAAUAAACUCUUGUCCUUAACAGACCUUCUUUCAAGUAGACAGAAUCUUAACUUUUAUAUAGAUGAUGCAUUACGCCCGCCUGGCUUAACGUCUAAUAACCUUAACACACAUAAAACCACUAAUAUGGGUUUUGGAUGGAUUAACAUAGACCGAACUGACAAUAAUCCUCUUUACACUUUUUAUGGAAGUACAAUUCUGACACCUUCUUCAACUAAAGCGGAAAUCAAAGCGCACUCAGGUGAUACUUAUAAUGACCUUGCUGAUGCGGAAGCUACUAAAGGUCUAGAUGCUUCACCUAUUAUCAUCAAUUCUAAAUCCACGAUGAUACCAUUGUGGGAUUCUAUUGGAUCUAUUGAUCUUCAGAAAAGUCCAAGAAAACAUCUUUCAAAAUCAAAAUUUUGCCGUGUGGUGAUGUUCGCUCAUUAUACACUUCGCGAUUAUCGGCAGAAUGAACACCUUUUCACCAACUCUACCUCACCACGAGAUUUGGAUGCUGCGACUAUUUUACAACCUAGUAUAGUGGAUGUAACACAUCCUAUUUACCUUAUCAUUCACAAUAUUGUUUCUCAAUCUUUAAUAGAUUUAAUACACCCUCAUACGCGAAAAUCUUCACAUACUAAUUCCAUCGUUAUGGAUAUUAUGUUGCUGGUUCGAAACCAAUUUUACACGAUCGUUAGGAAACGUCACACAGAAUCCAUGACCGCAUGGGAGAAACGUCAAGGAAUUCACACAAAAAAAUCUAAAAUGCGCCGUGCUAAGCGCCGCACCCUCAACAAACUACAAAAACCUAAUGACCAUUUUUUCCCUAGAUGGAUCAUCAUUACAACGUCGAAUUAUUUACAUAUGGGUGGUUGGACUACUUUUAUUAAUAGACAAUCUUUUUAUAAUUCACUUUUACCAUAUAUAGAAUAUUUUUCGUUAUUUCAAAGUAUUAUAAUAUAG